AUGGACAGCCUCACGAGCCAGACGGCAUGCCCAAUCAAGGCAAUACCCGUGGAGAUACUGCUGACCAUAACCCAAUAUCUUACAACGCCAGAGCUAUGCUCUCUUCGCCUGAGCUGCAAGGUCAUUGAAGAUAGCAUCUGGAAUUCCUUCACUGAAGAGUUCUUCUCGAGCAAGCAAUUCAUGCUCAGUCCGUUCAGCCUCCACGCCCUCAUCCGCAUCUCUCAAAGCAGACUCGCAGACAAGAUCCGAUGCCUCCAGAUUGGCACGGAUCAGAUCCUGCCGUUGGAACCUAACCGUGCCGACAUGACUUCAGCCAGCCUCGACCGCUACCUUCAGGUCAACAAUCUCUAUGCUGCGCAGGUCAUGCUGCUCCGCACCGGCAAACAAGUAAAGCUUCUGGCGCAAGCAAUGCGCAACCUGCCCAACCUUGUCAAGGUGGUUGUCCGCGACUUCAACUCGGCCAAUAAGAGACGGCGGUGUUCGGUCAAUACCUCAAUACGGAGAAGCUAUGGCGCCACUACCUCUGAGAUGGCAGGCGCCGAAGUCUCCAUUGGAGCCUGGUCAAUCUGGGCCAAUACAGACAACUUCACCGCCACCGUGUUCUACAGUGUCUUGUCCGCUUUGGGGGAGGCCGAGGUGAGUGUCAAGGCGAUUGAACACUUGUCCAAGGGCAAAAGCAUGAACGACGACAGCUUCGCUCUAGACCUCACUAUCUCGCCAGAGAUUCUCCCAGUUCUUCGGGGAUUUCAAAUGUUUCAUGUCUCCCUCACCUUACGAGGGGACACCGCUCCACUCUGGGCAAGCUCCGAUCCAACGGAUCCGAACAUCAAGCAAGAUAACUUUUAUCACUACCGCCACUUCAUGGCGUUUCUCCAACAUAUGCCGAACCUGCGAAGUCUACGCAUCAAUGUACACAACGGAGAUUCGGCCGAGGCCUCAAGUCUCUUGAAGUGGCUGUCGUUGCCGAUCUUGGCCAAAGAUCCCCAUGCCAAUCUGAACAGUCUUCCCCCUGGGCUUCCUAGCCCUGUCAACCUUGAGAAGCUCGAGGCCCUUAGUCUGGGUUUUAUCACCGCGGAGCCUAAAUCUCUGUUCUCGGUCAUCGCUAAAUUCGCCCCUCGGCUCCGCAAAUUGGAACUCUGGAAAGUGUCCCUGCCGUUGCUACCUCGUCCGCCUACCCCGUCACCUGGCGACCCCAAGACUUCUGCAUGGGAACCUUUCAUUAAACGGCUGAUAACCAUUCCACACCUGCAUUUGGAGGAAAUCAUGAUUGGCUGUAUGCAGGAGCGCGGCGGCUUCUUAAUCCGGCUCUCGCGGAGGCCAGUUCUAUUCACGGACAAGCAGGCCGCGAAACACUACAAGGGAACCGAUUGGAAGACUUUUGUUGAGAAAAACGUCAUUCCCUUGAUAGGCCCUUCGUUGUUCCAAGACGACGCCUCCGACAACAACUCCAGCGACUCAGAUGAAAGUAUGGAUGAAGAGGCUCAUGAGGAUAGCGAGGAGGAGGACCUGGAAGAUGACGAAUAA